CAUCAGCAGAAGAUAGGUAAAAAGUCAACUCAAUUGUCGUUAGAGCCCCACUUGCCUUGGGUCUGGUUCUUGGGGCACAUUGGACGGCCGUCGUCCCGCCCCUUUGGACAGCUCCAGGCGGGAGGAGUCCAGGCUGUCGGCGUGGUGUCCUUGUCAAAUUUCCCGCCCGUGACAACACCUCCAUGAUCACAUUGUCGACUUCCGCUCAACGUGAUCCUGGGUGGUUGAUGGAAUCAUCGUCAUCAUGGCUAUUCACUAUCUAAUCCUCCUCUCGCGCCAGGGCAAAGUGCGCCUGGCCAAAUGGUUCACCACUCUGUCUCCCAAGGACAAGGCCAAGAUCGUCAAGGACGUUUCCCAGCUUGUCCUGGCUAGGAGGACUCGCAUGUGCAACUUUCUCGAAUACAAAGAUACCAAGAUUGUCUACCGCCGAUAUGCCUCGCUUUUCUUCAUCGCCGGAUGCUCCUCCGAGGACAACGAGCUGAUCACCCUCGAGAUCAUCCAUCGCUAUGUCGAGCAGAUGGACAAGUACUACGGCAACGUCUGCGAGCUUGACAUCAUUUUCUCCUUUACCAAAGCCUACUACAUCCUCGACGAGCUCCUGCUGGCGGGAGAGUUACAGGAAAGCAGCAAGAAGAAUGUCCUACGAUGCAUAUCGCAACAAGACGCGUUAGAGGACAUGGAGGACUUGGAAGAAAUAAACAACGCACUCAAGCAGGCCGGAAUUCUCUGAAGCAGUGGCAGCAACCACAGUCCCUCCGAUAGGUGACGGCACCGGAUGGACAGACGAGAGGGGCGACCCGAAGCACGAGAGUACAGCAUAUGCAACCAGGGAGGACAAUAAUAAUCGCGCCGAGAGAAGGGGAAGCAGAGUGUGGUGUG